AUGUCUCUCUUUCACACUUGGAGGAGUAAUCCAGCAUUGAGAUUGAAGGCCUCCCUUGAGGCUCCGGGCCUGACUGAGAAAAUUACAAGCAACAAGCAGAAAAGCAUAGCCGUAGCUCAAAAUGAGUCUGCUUUGUUCAGUGAGAUGAAGCAUCGGUUCCUGAGUUUCAAAAAGAAUAAAUACAUGGAAAACUUGGAAUGCUUUCAAAAUCUUGCUAAGGGUCAAGCACCAAAGUUCAUGGUGAUUGCCUGUGCAGAUUCUCGGGUUUGUCCCUCCAGCAUCCUAGGAUUUCAGCCAGGAGAAGCCUUUGUAGUCCGCAAUGUGGCAAAUCUGGUGCCUCCUUUUGAGAGUGGACCCUCAGAAACAAAUGCUGCCCUUGAAUUUGCUGUUAAUGCUCUAGAAGUUGCAAAUAUACUAGUCAUUGGCCACAGCUGCUGCGGAGGCAUUCGUGCAUUAAUGAGUAUGCAAGAUGAAGAAAAUUCAAGAAGCUUCAUUAAAAGUUGGGUGGCUGUUGGGAUGCAUGCAAGGUUGAGCACUAAGGCUGCUGCUUCCAACCUCAGCUUUGAUCAGCAGUGUAGACACUGUGAGAAGGAAUCUAUCAACCGUUCAAUGUUGAACUUGCUCACUUACCAAUGGAUAGCAGAGAGAGUGACAAACGGGUUGCUCUCCAUUCAUGGUGGCUAUUAUGAUUUUAUUGACUGUACAUUUGAGAAAUGGACCCUUAAUUACCACGGGAGUAGUUCAAAAGAGGAAAAUGGCAGAUACCCAAUCAUUAAUCGAGAAUUUUGGUGCUGA